AUGCAAGACCCAGGACCCUUUUUUACACAGCUUGAUAUUUUGGAGAACGAAACGGACCUUGAUUCCAAUAAAACAGGUUUUCCGAGGAAUAUUCGAAAAACAAUAACGAAGCUGGCAUUGGUACUUUUUGAUGCUGAGAUACAGACAUCACAGAAUAGUCUGGCAGAGUCUUCACAGAUGUUGGAUGAUGCUGCUCGUCUGUUGAGAAUAUUGGCAAGUGACAAAUCCAAGGUACGCAAAUUCGCACCUUCUUAUCAGAUCAAGAACCUUAUAAAAAAGUUAGAAGCAAAGGCAGCUACUAUUAUACGUGACUAUAAUCAGAUUGCGCCUGUCAUUAGGUGUGAUUAUCCGAGUGACUGGGUAGCAAGUGACACCUUCGUGGAUACUUCCGAAGUUUUCGGGAGAGACGCUGAUAAGGAAAAUGUUAUAAAGUCUUUGCUGAAACGAACCGAUAAUUUAUCUGUAACUGCUAUAGUUGGGACGGGAGGUUAUUUGGCUCCAGAGCUCAUUAGAACUGGAAAGGCAACUACCAGCACGGAUGUAUUUGUUUUUGGGGUUUUCAUGCUUGAGGUGGCUUGUGGAAGGAGGCCUAUAGAGCAACAAGGUUAUGGAGUGGUAUAUUUGGUUGAAUGCGUAAUCAAUUGCUGGAAAAGAGGAGCUAUCAUCAAUGCCAGUGAUCCAAGAUUAGAAGGUAUUUAUGCAGAGGAGCAAAUGGAGUUGGUACUGAAACUAGGGCUGUUUUGUUCACACUCUAACCCCGCAGCAAGGCCUAACAUGAGACAGUUGAUGCAGUAUCUGGACGGCGAUGCUACAUUGCCAGAUAUAUCACCUAAUAGCAGUUCAAUGGAUGUGUUCAUAAAUAGUAAUGAAGCUUCUAAUAGUGGAAUGUCAUUUCCCACAUUGUUUGAAAGUAGUUCUGUGUAG